AUGCCUGAUUUCUUUUGUACGGUUGGUUUUGGUUUAGAUUAUUUUGCAGUAAAGGAACUUCAAGUAUUGCCAUUGACAACUUUGCAACAGACAUUGGUUGGUAAAGUGUUUUUCCAUAAGGAAGGUAGUUUGGAUUCACUUCUGGUUCUCAAAACUGUUGAAAGACUUUUCGUUAAAGUAGUUCACGUUGAAGUAGAACCCAACAUUCAAGAUUCUCUCUUGGAAGAUUGGCUCACUUGUAAGCUUUCUCAUACAAGUAAAUUUUUCAGUGAUUGCCUGCUUACAUGGAAAGAAAUCGCUAACAUAAAUAGUGAUUGCGCUGUAAAGUUCAGAAUCAAUUCCAGACUCUCUGGUGGAUUCCGUAAAGCAUCCAACUUCCAACGUGUGUCAUCUCUGGUAGGAAGUGUUUUCAUGCAACAUUUAGAUUCAUGUGUCAUCGAUGUUAGAGAUCCAGAUCUUGAAAUUUUCCUCCAUCUGAAUGACAGUUUCUUGACUGUUGGACUUCAAGUUACCAAGAAACCGUUAUCUGACAGGAGUUAUCUGAAUCAUAUUCUUGUGAGAUCUACAGUAUGUGUUGCAAUGUGCAUGGCAGUGGAUCUGUCUAGCAAAGAUGUCAUCCUAGAUCCUAUGUGUGGAGCUGCCACAAUUCUGGCUGAAGCUAUCAAGCAGUUUAAUUGCAAAGCUGCAGUUGGUGUUGAUUGUGAUCCAUUGCAACUUAAACUUGCCCAAGACAAUUUGAGUACCAGCCUUGCUUUUCGUCACGUGGAUUUGAUUUGCGGGGAUUCUCGCAGCAUCAUUUUUAAAGACCAGUGGUUUGAUGUGGUGUUGUGCGACGUUCCUUUCGGCCGAAAAUUCGGUGAAUUCAAGGAAAUCCAGCGUUUGUUAACAAGUAUUGUGAAAUCAGUUGACAUUGUUCUUAAACCUGGAGGAAGAGUUGGUAUUUUGAUCAGCGAAAAGUUACGACAAACACUAAUCGAUCUGUGUCCGGAUUGCUGGUCCCUGCACAAUCAACACCCAUUGCGACUCGGCACCUUACCAGCUGCAAUCGUCACUUGGAAGAAAACACUUACUUGUCCAAUUUAA